AUGGGGAACUACGUUUCUUGUACUUUGUCAACCCCAUUAGGGAAAUCAUCAAAAUCAACGACAGUGAUUCUCCCAAGCGGUGAAAUCAGGCGAUUCAAUGAACCCAUCAAAGCCGCUGAGUUAAUGCUUGAAACACCAAACUUCUUCCUGGUAAACUCUCAAUCCCUCAAGCUCGGCCGCGGGUUUUCUCCUCUCAACGCAGAUGAAGAUUUAGAGUUCGCCAACGUUUACAUCAUGUUUCCAAUGAAGAGAGUGCACUCUACGGUCACUGCAGCUGACAUGGGAGCUUUGUUUAUUGCUGCAAAUUCGGCUGCUAGAAAGGGUUUUGGUGGAAAGGUAAGGAUCUUGCCAGAAGCUGCUGAAGAGGCUGAUUGGCGGGAUGUUUCAUCGGAAAGAGAGGAGAAAAAGGCAAUGCCGAAACUUAACUUGGAUGAUAUUGAAGAGUUUUCAACUCCAGAGUUCAUGCAUAGAUUAUCUAUGUCAAGGUCUAAGAAACCAUUGCUUGAAACCAUAGCUGAGGAGCCUGUUUAUGCCAGAUGA